AACGCCAACUCCAACAGCCCCUCGGGCCAGAACCCGCCCAAGUACCCGUCCACGAGCAAGAUCGCCAACAUCGACGGCGCCGAGGAGAUCAUGAAGUCGCUGCGCGCCAUCCUCGGCUCGCGGCUUUACCACAACACGCCCGCCAUCCAGACCAUCCUCAUCAACCAAAAAACCCGCGUCGGCGAGGUGCUCCGCCGCCUCGACACCGAGGUGCUGCCCAACACGCCCAAGAAUCCCGGGUGGACGACAUGGCCUAGCCAGGACCUGAAAGGAAAGUGGGACACGUUCAUGAGCGGCAAGAUGGCGCUCGCUGCGAGCAAGUCUAACAUGAUCACGACGGACGUUUUGCCGCGCAUGCAGGCCAUGUGGGCAAGUGAUGCUCAUCGGAAGGCGACCGAGGAGAAAGACGGCGAUGAUGAUGCUACAGUAGCUUCGAAAAAGAGGCAUGCGAGGCUCAUUGAGACCAUUGAUGCGUUUGCUGAUGCGCUGGCGACGGCGCCGGCGUGGGUUAUGGCGUUUUAGGGGGCUUGCUUGAACCUCGGGCUGUUAGGAUAAGUUAGGGGUUAUUU